GUUGCCCUUCCCAUAGGUUCUCAUCUGUCGAAAUUACCGCGGAGAUGUGGACAUGUCGGAGGUGGAGCAUUUUAUGCCAAUCCUUAUGGAAAAGGAAGAAGAGGGGACACUGUCUCCCAUCCUAGCACACGGAGGAGUUCGUUUCAUGUGGAUUAAACAUAACAACCUCUAUCUUGUUGCAACUUCCAAGAAAAAUGCUUGUGUGUCACUGGUGUUCUCAUUCCUGUAUAAAGUAGUUCAGGUUUUUUCUGAAUAUUUCAAGGAGCUGGAAGAAGAGAGCAUUCGGGAUAAUUUUGUUAUUAUUUAUGAGUUGUUAGAUGAGCUUAUGGAUUUUGGUUAUCCACAAACCACUGAUAGUAAAAUUUUACAAGAGUACAUCACUCAGGAAGGUCACAAACUUGAAACUGGAGCUCCUCGUCCACCUGCCACUGUGACUAAUGCUGUUUCAUGGAGAUCAGAAGGGAUAAAAUAUAGGAAAAAUGAAGUGUUCCUGGAUGUUAUAGAGUCCGUUAACCUUUUGGUCAGUGCCAAUGGGAAUGUGUUACGGAGCGAGAUUGUUGGAUCCAUUAAAAUGAGAGUCUUUCUCUCGGGAAUGCCAGAGCUUCGCCUUGGCUUAAAUGACAAAGUUCUCUUUGAUAACACAGGCCGUGGCAAAAGUAAAUCAGUAGAACUGGAAGAUGUAAAGUUUCACCAAUGUGUUCGUCUCUCUCGCUUUGAAAAUGACAGGACGAUUUCUUUCAUUCCACCUGAUGGAGAGUUUGAACUCAUGUCAUAUCGUCUUAAUACCCAUGUAAAACCACUGAUCUGGAUUGAGUCUGUGAUUGAAAAACAUUCCCACAGUCGCAUCGAGUACAUGAUCAAGGCAAAAAGUCAGUUUAAACGUAGAUCAACUGCCAACAAUGUGGAGAUUCACAUUCCAGUUCCAAAUGAUGCAGAUUCGCCAAAGUUCAAAACUACAGUUGGAAGCGUCAAAUGGGUUCCAGAGAACAGUGAAAUUGUCUGGUCCAUUAAAUCUUUCCCAGGUGGAAAGGAGUAUCUGAUGAGAGCUCACUUUGGACUUCCAAGUGUUGAAGCUGAAGAUAAAGAAGGAAAACCUCCCAUUAGUGUCAAGUUUGAGAUUCCGUAUUUCACCACGUCAGGAAUCCAGGUCCGUUACUUAAAGAUAAUUGAGAAGAGUGGCUAUCAGGCUCUCCCGUGGGUUCGUUACAUUACCCAGAAUGGAGACUACCAGCUUCGAACGCAGUAAACGCCUUGCAAGCACCACAGAAGACAAGACUUCAAGCCUAGAAUUUGUUUGCAAAGACCUCUGUGGUACUGAGAGCUAUGAAUGUUGUUGCCAAGGUCUUGUAUCUACAAACACGGAUUGUGCAGGAGAACGAUGGGAAAUUUACUGUUUUCAAUAAUGUGUUUGAGCAUAUGAACCAUUAGUAUCGAUUGUGAGGAUAUUUAUUUCAUUCCUAAAACAUGCUGAUCUUGCUGCUAAAUGCAAUUACAGUAGGAGUAGCAGUUAUCUUGAGGAGACAGGAAUCCAGAGUGAACCUUGAGAAUGUCUUGUCAAUGCCUUGUCAAUUGUACUCACAAAGUCUUUAGUAUUCAUAUUUUAGGGUCUUUAAAGACGUUGGCAGUACUGUACUACAAAUUAGGGAGAUGAUUGUGCAAUUACAUGACUGCUGAACACUUAGUUGUAUUUA